CCUUCCAAUUCCUUCUAGAACUUUCCCCUUCUCUCCAUCGCCCUAACACUACUUUCCCCCGCGGAUGCACCUAUAAAUCACCGAAGCACCUGACCUUUUUUCUCAGAGAAAUUCGAUCAAUUCCAUUUCAGAAGUUAUCCAAAAACUUGUAUAGCAUUUCGUGUGUUAGUGACGAAACCAGCCAACUUAGAAGAGAGAAAUGGAUCUCAGAAUCAUGGGUGUGGAUUCUCCACUGUUCUCCACCCUGCAGCAGAUGAUGGACCUGGCCAAUGACACAGAAAAGUCGUCCUUCAACGCUCCUACACGCACCUACCUGCGCGACGCCAAGGCCAUGGCUACCACUCCCGCCGAUGUCAAGGAGUACCCAAGCUCCUACGUGUUCAUCAUCGACAUGCCGGGGCUCAAGUCCGGGGAUAUCAAGGUCCAGGUAGAGGAAGACAAUGUGCUCGUGAUAAGCGGCGAGAGGAGACGGGAGGAGGAGAAAGAGGGAGCCAAGUAUGUGAGGAUGGAGAGGAGGGUGGGCAACUUCAUGAGGAAGUUUGUGCUGCCUGAGAAUGCCAACACAGAUGCUAUCUCUGCGGUUUGCCAGGACGGUGUACUGACUGUGACUGUGGAGAAGCUGCCGCCUCCAGAACCCAAGAAGCCGAAGAAAAUUGAGGUUAAGAUUGCAUAAGCGUGGUGGUUGGUGAUGGGUGACUCGAUGGGGGUUGCCCUUUUUGUUGGAUUAUGGAAAUAAUCGAGUGUUUUGUCUUCCGUCUGUUCUGUCAUUGCUUGCAAGUGGAUUUUGUCUUUUAUCAUUUGUAGGAUUUCCUGUCAUUGUGUCUUCGGUUUGUGUUAAGAAAACUGUUCUUACCAAUGAAAAAUGUGAUAUAAACUACAUUUUAUUGGUUCUCUUGAUC